CCUGCUGCCGCUGCCGCCGCUGCUGCAGUGCAGAGCGAUUGGGGCCUCUCCAUUGCUUUGCUCUCUUUGUGAUUAUACUACUCCUAACCACCACGCCUCCCCAGUCCCCACCCCAUCCCAGAGAGCUCGGAACCGGCGGCGAUGCGGAAAGAGUUGCGGCUGUGGCUCGAGCAGCGGGUCACCGGCGUGCUCGACUCCAUGGUGGAGCACCGGGACCGCCUCAACAUGCUGCGUCUGGCCGUCGGGAUGGGGAUUGGGGUGUGGGCGCCGCGCCAGGUGGACCUGCGGGUGCUGGUGGGGGCGCGGGUCACCGUCGACGAGGCGUGGGUCGCCGUCAGGGACUCCAUGGGGAGCCUGCGGGCGGCCCUCGCGCUGGCCGGCUCUCCCGACCGCCGGCUCGUCAUCUGGGUCGUCGGCGACGAGGCGCGGGACCACCUGGUGGACGCCAUCGACCGCGGGCGGGCGGUCCAGGGCCGGCUCAAGAGGGCUGACGCCCGGCUGCGCGCCAUGGCCUUCCUGUUCGCCGGCGACGCCACGCGGCCCGCCCUCCUCGCCGGCGACAUCGCCGUCGCGCGCGAGCACCUCGUCGGCGCCGUCCAGGCGUGGGACCAGAUGCUCAUGUCUCUCGAGUACGCGCUGCAGGGCCUCGCUCCGUUUCCUUUUUAGGGUGAUGGAUCCGUGACAAGCAGUCCAGUGGUGGGAAGGGAUCUUCCAAGUUCAUCAAAGAGGAUGUUUGGUUCAGUUUGCAGUUCAUCAAAGAGUACUGCAGUAUGCUACUACUUCCUUAAUUAUGCACUGAUUUUGGUCAAGUUUGGACUGGUCAGAUUAAAAUACUGAUGUUAUCUUGAGUACUAGUACUGUAGCUUCAUCAAUCAGGGGUAUUUAUCUUAUCUCUGUGAAAACAUGCUGCUGGUUUUAAUUAUGGCUAUGGGAGAAUGCAUGAUGGACAUGCUGGUUGGUUAAUACUCCUAUAUGUGAGAGUGCAUCAGGAACUCUGCAUGCUGCUGUUCUUUGUCUCAUCAAGUCAUCAUCUUAACUACUACAGUGGUAUUUUAUAAGUUGGCUAAUCAUCCAUCUACCUCAUGUUAUAUGAUCCCUACUUAGUAACUUCAUUAUAUGCAGACUUGUGGUGUUGGUUCAGUUUAGUCAGAUUAAUAGUAUUAUAUAAUAUAUAAUUAUAUAUAUACUGCUAUGCUACUACUACUGUCUGCAUUUAAUCCUGAUUAGUAGCUUCAUCAAUCAGUGGCAAACAAUGUUGAUUUGCAUCUUUAUCUCUCUGACAACCAAUGGAGUCGAAUUGCAGCAUGCAUACAUGCAUGCAGCGCAUGUCAAAGCUGGGUUCAAUUCUUGAGCAAUGUGUGCCUGGAUCCCCACCAAUUCCUGGGCAAUGUGCCUGGAUCCCCACUUUGUUUGUGUAUUGUGUUGUGCAUGCAUGCAUGCAUGGGAGCAUCAGGCAGGCACAACAUGUUUGUCCUUUUCCAUCCAGCAUGCCUUAAAAUAAGACGAGGGAGGGAGAGUGUGCUCUUCUUUUUUAUUUCCACCCAGCAUGCUUGGUUCAUGCUUCUGCCUCAUGUUAAUUAUAUCAUCUCUAGCUAGUUCAUUGUGCACACUUAUGGUUUUGGUUCAGUUUGCAUUGGUCACACCAAUAUACUGCUAUGCUACUACUAUCAUCUGCAUUUAAUCAAUUCCUGGACGUAUGGCCGGGGAUAUCUAUCCUGAUUACUACCUUCAUCAUCAGUGCCUAGUGUAAUGUUGUUUUGCAUCUUAUCUAUCCCUCCGUUCCGAAAUAUAAGACGUUAACAUCUUAUAUUUAGGAAUCAAUGGACUCCCACUUUGUUUAGCAGUCUAGACUAAUUAAUGAUGUGUGCAUGGAUUCCCACUUUGUUUGUGUUUCGUGUUGUGCAUGAAUGCAUGGUGUAGGCGAGUGCUGCUAGACACACAAUAUUUUUUGGCCGACUCAUGCUAGACACACUGAUCAAACCGUCCAUUAGAAGGCCGAGGUGUAGCUGGAUCAUUUGAUUAUGUAUCGUGCAGCAAUCAGGCAGGCGAAUGUCGUCUAUAUAGUUGUUCCGGGUGUAGGCUCACUCUGUGCAUUUUAAAAUCCGACCAAAAAAAACCAUACCGAAACAUUUUAGGGUUUUUAUGGUUCCCGCUUUUUGGUAUGGUAUGAAGUUUCCUUUUCGGUUUUGAUUUUCUUUGGCAUAUACCGAAAGGCCGAAGUAAAAUAUAUUUAUAUUUCUUAUGCGAGCAAUCAUACCGAGGCCCAAAAGAUAUGGUAACUUUAUUUUUUUGGUACAGGAGUCAGAUUCCCUGCUAAGCAUGUUCAUUUUUCUUGUUACGUGGUCAUUUUUCUCAAAAAAUAUAUGCUAAGUAUGUCCAUAAACAAAGCAAAGUAAACAUUGCACAUUUGCAUGCACGAACAAUCAUCAAGGCAUCAAUCCAUGCAUCGCACAUCUGACUUGCCUAAAAAUGCUACUGUUGCAGAAUACGAACUGAACUGCAGUACGGUGCAUGGAGCUUCAGGUAACACAUCAAACAACUAAUAUUUGUGUAUGUUGUACAUGCGUACUUGUUGUAUCAACGAUCAAUCAUGUAGAUGAAUGUGCAGCUUGAGUAUCUGGCAAAAGCUUGCUAACUCAAAUGAAUGAGGGAGAAUUUGCUACACCAAAAAAGAAAGCCAAUAUUUCUAUCUUCAUGAGUUUAAUAGAUUUUUCUUAACCAUGUAGCUUUUCAAUUCAGAGAGUUAUGCCUGCUGAUGAUUAUUAUGAUUCAUUAUUUAUUUUUCAGUGCUCGUCUUUUCAAUUUUGCAGUCACCAACACCUUUACAUUCACUUCUUGUUUCUAAGAUUCCAGGCUUGGAAGCCUUGCAGCAACAGCAGCAUGUUCUUGUUUGUGAAUAUGUGAAUGAAAAGUAGGAAUGCAGAGUCACAACUCACAAGGAAUGCAGAAGCAGCAGCUGAUAUUAUGCACUGGUUCAGCUGUAUUACAUCAUGUACAACAGAACACCUCAAACCACCAGGAACUAGGCAAUAAUAAAUUUGCUUAUUUCUGAAUUUUUUCAUUUACAACAAGCUACACAUUCACUUGUCUGAACUCACAAGCUUACAAUCUGUAAGUACUAAGAUACAUUCACAUUCUGAGUUCUGAUCAACGAUGUGCAAGUACAGUUUACAGUCUAUACUCUGAAACAACACACAAAUUGAAUAAAGAACAAUUGCAAUGGAUAAGGUCACAAGCUACAAUCUGCAGGGGUUUCUGGGUUGUGCUCGCUGCCCACAACAGUCUGUUGUAGCAGGCGGACGUCAUCAGGCCAAGGAGCAACCGUGGAUGCGAGGGAGCAGUAGAUGGUGUGCAGGUUGCGGCCGGCGGCGGACUCGGCCGUGGAGCCGUUUGAGGCAGGAGAACGCGGAGGUCGGCUAAGCGCGGCCGCCGUGGAAGGAUUCGCCAUGGCCGCCGCCAUGGAGCGAUCGGAGAGGAUCCAGAUUGAGAAACUUUUUGACAAAGGUCUGCUUGGUUAAGGGGUCAUUAGCAAAUUAGCAAGAACGGCUGCGGGUGUCUUUUUGUAAAUCCGUGUCGCUUUUGAUCACAUGCGUGCGAUCUUUAUCGGCUGGCCAGUAGCCGCGGGAUACAGGGAUGCACGACCCACCCCGGAUGCACAUGAU